AAUUCAAAUUUCUCGUUUGUUUGAUUUCAAAGCGGGAACGUCCAAAAUCUUAACUACAUCAAUUUAAAAAACAAGAACCCAAAAUGCAAUCCUCGGAAACGGCUAAAAAAGUGCUACUGUUCGAGGCCGAUAGAAUAGCAAGCUUCCAGACUUGGCCCUACUCCAGCAAGAGCGCCUGCAGUAUUCAAAAGUUGGCGGAAGCCGGCUUCAGCUGGAUCGGCGAUGGUGAUGAAAAUGAAGAAGAUACCGUUAUCUGCUUCGUUUGCGGUAAAGUUCUGGACGGAUGGGAAGAAACGGACGAUCCCUGGGAGGAACACAAGAAGCACGCACCGCAAUGUCUGUUUGUGAAGUACGGCCGACCGGAAGGUGAACUUACGGUUGAGGAAAUGCUCAACAUACUGGAAGUUCUGCUGAAGGAAAAACUUCAAAACAAGUACGAAUCGCUACGGAAAACACUUAAGGCGCAUAUCGAGAAAAAACGAAAGGAGUUGAUCAAGCAACUAACCAAAAAUUAAUCAUCCCCAUUUGCCAUUCAAUGAACUUACUUUUAAAAAUAUUUUAAUUAAUAAAAAUAUGUUUAAUUUUUAUGAAAA